GAUAGGUUUAUUGUUUCCUCACGGAUGUAAUUCACCGCGACACACACAACAGUUCAUGUGCCGCAUAGAGCUGCUGUCUGUAGCUGGAUCAUAAGCUACUGCAGCAUGGCGAAACCCCGUGGGUUCGAGUUCUGGAGGAGCACUCUGAAGGGCGCGCGCUACGUGGUCGCGCCUAUGGUGGACCAGAGCGAGCUCGCGUGGAGGCUGCUGAGCCGCAGACAUGGCGCAGAGCUCUGCUACACGCCCAUGCUGCACGCGCAGGUUUUCGUCAGAGAUGCCAACUACCGCCGCGAGAACCUUUACAACGAAGUCAGCCAGGAGGACCGACCCCUCAUCACACAGUUCUGUGCCAAUGAUCCUGAGGUGUUUAUCCAGGCAGCUCUACUUGCCCAGGAUUACUGUGAUGCCAUCGAUUUGAAUCUGGGUUGCCCUCAGAUGAUUGCAAAAAGAGGCCAUUAUGGUGUGUUUCUUCAGGAUGAGUGGGACCUUCUUGAGAAAAUGAUUAAAUUGGCUGAUGAAAAGCUCUCCGUGCCCAUUACUUGCAAAAUCCGGGUCUUCCCAGAGAUCGAGAAAACAGUGAAGUAUGCAAAAAUGCUGGAAAAGGCUGGAUGCCAGCUCCUCACAGUUCAUGGGAGAACCAAAGAUCAAAAAGGGGCUUCGACUGGCAUUGCAAGCUGGAAGCAUAUCAAAGCUGUACGGGAGGCUGUAAACAUUCCUGUUUUCGCCAACGGAAACAUCCAGCACCUGAGUGAUGUUCAGCGCUGCAUGGAGGAGACUGGAGUACAAGGUGUCAUGAGUGCAGAAGGGAAUCUCCACAAUCCUGCCCUGUUUGAAGGCUGUAGUCCACCUGUGUGGGAGAUGGCUGAGGAGUACCUGGAUGUUGUGGAGAAACACCCACCCUGCAGUCUGUCUUACGUCCGUGCCCACAUCUUCAAACUAUGGCACCACACCCUACAGAUACAUCAAGACCUGAGGGAGGAUUUAGCCAAAGCGAAGAACGUAGCUGGGAUUGUGGAGGUCAACAGACAACUGAAACAACGUUGCCAGGAGGAGAUGGCUAAAGAUGAAUCAGAAUGGAAUCAGACUGGACUCCCCUUUCCUCACUGGAUCUGUCAACCUUACGUCAGACCACCGCCCAAGGAUCCAAACACUGAAAAUGGGCAGAAAGCACUGGAAAUGAAAGCUGUACGUGUGAAGAGGGCACUGGAGGACAGUGAUGGAACCAACGACUCGCUCUCCAAGAACAAGCAGAAGAAGAAAGCCCGUAACCCCUAUAAGAACUUCUGUCCAGAACUGAAACCAAAAUACAUCAAGUGUGAGCAAUGUGGCAACCCUAAAGGGAAUAAAUGUGUCUUCAACUUGUGUCGUGGCUGCUGCAAGAGGAAAGCUUUCAAGGAAGUGGCCGAUUGCCCUGGCCAUGGAUUGAGAUUCAAAACCAAGGCUUUGAGACAGUGUAACUCCGAUACAGGUGGUGGGCUGACAAACGGGAAACCCAACAGUCAGACAGUUUCCACUGCAGUCCAUGAACCAGGCCAUCCCCUGACCUAAAGGAGGCUUGGGCAACAGUGACAUCUGAAGACUCAUUGAACUGAUUUACCACUUACCAUUGGGAAGCUGCUGCACUGAAUUGGAAGCUCAAGACUGCAGUUGUGGCCAAACCUAGUGUUUCUCUCUUUAUAUAUAAUUUUAAUCGUUUUUGCACAGAUGGGAUUGUGGAUGUAGAUGACACCAAAUUAACUGAACAUUCAAAGAAACAAACAUAGGGGGGAAAAAAAAGUUAAGCUCAAGGUACAUCUGCUGUCAGGCACUGCUGUUACUUAUGCUAAUCAGUCUCUUUAAUGAUGCACCACUUUCUGGACUGCUGCUGGGUGAAUAGAUUCAUAUUCUUAAGAGACUGCUUAUUAGAAUAGUGUGCUUUGAUGAUCACUGGGAACGUGAUGUAUGAAGCAGCCACUCUGAACGCACAAUCCUGUGCUGCUACCUGUUCGGCCAAGAUAGAAGAUCUGGCCUUUUAUCUCGGGACAUUUUAUUGAAAUACACUGAUGGACAUCUUCAUGCAAACAUUAUUUGAACUUUGCAUUUUUACUUUAUUUAUUGUCUUCCAAAAUUAAAGAUUCAACAGAUUUGUAUGUUGCAACAACUUUUAAUGCAAUUUUACAUUUUUUGGAGCAUGUAUAUAAAUUCACUUUUACUCCGAGAUCUCCAACUACUUUCCUUUGCCGCCGUGAUCAUGUAUGAUCAAAUAUUGACAUUCAUUUUAGAGGUGAGGACAGUUACACUACAAAUUAUCUCGCUCAGAUGCCUCACCCUAUUUGUCAUCAUUGUGUUGCCAUCUUUUUUCUGUUAGCAUUUCAAGAAGGUAUGCAGUUCUCAUACAGCUGUGGUUCAACUUAAUGCCAUUUUCUUUUUUUAUUAUAGCCAAACAAAAUGCUUAUUUUUCCACAAAGUACUUCAAAUCAUCAGGACUCAACUCAGUGCCUUAUCCUAAAGUAUGUGGGUCAGUUCCUUGAUUGAAACCCAUACUGUCCAUAAAUGUAAAUGUGUUUACAGAGCUGUGGUUAUUCUGUGUGGAUGGAGGGUUUUUUUGCUUAUUAGUUUCUUAGACUUAAAGUAUUGUUCAAACGGUUUGGAAAUUUUGCUCAAAUAAAUUUUGAAGUUGUAAAAGAAAAA